AUGAUUAUCUACACCAACACCGGUAACCCUUUCGGGUUGAAGCUGCUAAUUUGUGCAAAUUUGGCCAAAACCAACGUGGAGGUUAAGCAUGUUACGCUGGGUGAUCCCGCUUUGGGAGAUAUGAAACAUCUGCCCAUCCUUCAGUUGGGUAGUGGAGUCCAGCUGUUUUCGACGGACGUGGCGGCUAAAUACCUUUUGCCGGGUGAUGAUGCAUCUAAAGUGGUACAGCGUGACGAGUGGCUUGAAUGGUCCUCGAAGCGGUUAGCCCCGGCGUUAACCCACAACAUGGCGGUCGGUACACGGGCCGACCCAAACACGAAACCGAUCCUAAACACGCUGGUAAAAAUGCUUGACGAUUGCCUCAGCAAUAGCACGUAUCUGACGGGCGAUAAAAUCAACAGCGCCGAUGUGGCAGUAUGGAGCCUGCUCGCUCCCGACGGUACGCUCAAGGGAGCGGUCAAUAUCGACAAUCUGCUGCGCUGGUAUCGGCAGAUUUCGGCCCUUCCCGAGGUACAGUCGGCACUGUCCUCGCUUCCGCUGAAGGAUCUCAGCUUUGCAUCACUUCAGCAUAGCAAUCGGUACGGUGGAUUGCAUCACAUUGUGCUCAAUCCGGAAAUUGCUGAUUUCGAAGGUGAGCUGCUUGCCGACACGUCCGCAAACAUUGCCGAAACGGUGCAGCGGGAAGAGAUCGAGGCGGCUCGGGCUGCUUUCGGAGAUGUGGACGAUCGUGCGGUUCGGGAUGAGCCGAGGAUCGUACUGCCGAAACCGGGCCAGAAGAACAAUCUCAUCACAUCCGCCCUGCCGUACGUGAACAAUGUGCCCCAUUUGGGAAACAUUGUCGGUUGCGUCCUUUCGGCAGAUAUCUUCGCUCGCUACUCACGGCUCUGUGGGUACAACACUCUCUACAUCGGUGGUACGGAUGAGUAUGGUACGGCCACGGAAACGAAAGCGCUUGCGGAAAAACUUACCCCACGGCAGAUUUGUGACAAGUAUUUCGAUAUUCACAACUCGAUCUACCGGUGGUUUGGAAUUGGGUUUGAUUAUUUCGGCCGCACGACAACCACCGAGCAGACGCGGAUCGUGCAGGAAAUAUUCAAGGAUCUGUACGCCACCGGAUACAUCGAAACGCGAUCGGUGGAACAGUUGCUCUGCCAGAAGUGCGAUCGUUAUCUGGCGGAUCGCUUUGUGGAAGGAACAUGUCCCCAUCCAGGCUGUGGGUAUGAAGAUGCCCGCGGAGAUCAGUGUGACGGUUGUGGCAAACUAGUAAAUGCGAUCGAGCUGCUCCGACCACGGUGCAAGAUGUGCAACUCCUCGCCCGUCAUUCGUGACUCGAGCCAAUUUUUCCUCGAUCUCCCGAAGAUCGAACCUUCGCUACGGGAAUGGGUAGAUCGGUCAGAGUCCGGAUGGACACACAAUGCGCGGGUAAUUACACGUGCCUGGUUGAAGGAAGGGCUCAAAUCUCGCUGUAUUACGCGUGAUCUUAAAUGGGGCAUCCCGGUUCCGCUCGAGGGCUACGAAAAGAAGGUGUUUUAUGUGUGGUUCGAUGCUCCGAUCGGGUACAUCUCCAUCACUAGUCGCUACUGCAAGGAGUGGAAGCAAUGGUGGCAACCGGACACGCUCAACACCGGUGUGAAGGUCGAUCUGUAUCAGUUUAUGGCGAAGGAUAACGUACCGUUCCAUUCGGUCAUGUUUCCCGCUUCGUUGCUGGCUGCGGACAAGGGCUACACGUUGGUGUCGCACAUCAUGGCCACUGAGUAUCUCAACUAUGAGGAUGGCAAAUUUAGCAAGAGUCGCGGUAUAGGCGUGUUUGGCAACGAUGCACAAGAUACGGGAAUACCGGCUGAUGUGUGGCGUUUCUAUCUCGGUGCCGCUCGGCCCGAAGGGCAAGAUUCAUCAUUUAGCUGGAGCGACCUGCAAGCACGCAACAACAACGAACUGUUAAAGAAUCUUGGUAACUUCUUCAACCGAGCACUGGUGUUUUGUGAGAAGUUCUUCGACUCCACGAUACCGACGAUGACGCUGCUCGAGGAGGAUUAUACGCUGCUGGCGCUGAUUAAUCGGGAACUGAAGGGAUACGUGAAUCAGAUGGAGAAGGCCCGUAUGCGCGACGGCAUUCGACAUUUGUUGCAGAUUUCUCGCUACGGCAACCAGCUGAUGCAGUCGGAAGAACCGUGGGUAAAGGUGAAGGGAACGGAUGAUCAGAAGGCCCGUGCUGGCACGGUAAUUGCUCUGUGCUGUAACAUUGCCUGUUUGCUAGCAACGCUUAUCUUUCCUUUCAUGCCUACGACGGCGAGAAAUAUGUACAGUCAGCUUAACGUUCGUGGCGGAUUCAUUAACUCCGAAAAACCAUUGAUCCGGACUCUUCUACCGCCCGGUCACAAGAUCGGUAAGCCGGCAGUACUGUUCACGAAGAUCGAGGAUGCCCGUAUCGAGGAACUGAAGCAAAAGUAUGGUGGAGUACAGCAGCAGCAACAGCAACCGGGUAAAGCUCCCGUGCCACCAAAUCAAUCAGCACCAGCAACUUUCACCUCGCUGAAAGACGCCCAAAAAGCGGUCGACGAACAAGCAGCCAAAGUCCGUAAAAUCAAAUCCAGUGGUGCCGAUCGAUCUGUAUGGCAGCCAGAAGUGGAUAUUCUGCUCGGUCUCAAGAAGCAGCUGCAAUCACUGAGUCAACCGCGCACCUCAGAAAGUGCUCCAGCAGCACCGGGAGAAAAAACUUCCACGAACAACGUUGCGAAACAGGCAGUGGUGACAAAGCCGGCCGCCGCGACACCUGCAACGGCCAACACCGUUCCAGCAGAUGUGAAAGCGUUAGAAGAGGAAAUCGCUCAGCAGGGUACUAAGGUGCGAAAGUUGAAAGAAUCCAACUCGGAUAAAUCCGUCUGGCAGCCGGAGGUAUCGUUGUUACUGUCGCUGAAGCAAAAGUUGGCCACUUUGACCGGUAUUCCGGUGGCUGCUCCGGCCGGCAGUGGAAAAAAGAAGGGCAAUAAGAAGUAA